CCGACGGCGCGUGCGCACUGGGUGGCCGGCUGGGCGGCUGAGGGGCGGGGCCGGGGCAAGAGUGGCCUCUUUCCCUCAUUUGUGCCCUAGCGCCGCCCGGACACCGUGCUGGCCGCCGACACCAUGAAGAUCUGGACUUCGGAGCACGUCUUUGACCAUCCAUGGGAAACCGUUACAACAGCUGCAAUGCAGAAAUACCCAAACCCUAUGAAUCCGAGUGUGGUUGGAGUUGAUGUACUGGACAGACACAUAGAUCCCUCUGGAAAGUUGCACAGCCAUAGACUUCUCAGCACAGAAUGGGGACUGCCUUCCAUUGUGAAGUCUAUUAUUGGUGCAGCAAGAACCAAAACAUAUGUGCAAGAACAUUCUGUAGUGGAUCCCGUAGAGAAAACAAUGGAACUUAAAUCUACAAAUAUUUCAUUUACAAAUAUGGUUUCAGUAGACGAGAGACUUAUAUACAAACCACAUCCUCAAGACCCAGAAAAAACUAUUUUGACUCAAGAAGCCAUAAUUACUGUGAAAGGAGUCAGUCUCGGCAGUUACCUUGAAGGGCUGAUGGCAAGUACGAUAUCAUCAAAUGCUAAUAAAGGCCGAGAAGCAAUGGAGUGGGUAAUACAUAAAUUAAAUGCUGAAAUUGAGGAACUGACAGCUUCAGCAAGAGGAAGCAUACGGACACCAAUGGCAGCAGCAGCAUUUGUGGAGAAAUGAUAAUGGAGGUUGAUAGAUGGCACCCAGUUCCCCAGGUCUCUACAAGCUGGCAGUAUAUUUAUUUGUUAUUUAAAAAAAUACAACUCUAUUUUAGGUAGACUUUUUUUUUUUUUUAAUAAGCUGAAGAAAAGCUAUAUGACUUGAUCAAACAAAGAGGUGCAAGAUUUCUAAAUAAAAGGGAUCAGCUGAAAUUAGUAUUGUCUGAAAUGACUGAUUUUGAGGAUUCCAGUAUUUAUGCAAAUUUUUAAGUUUUUUGAAAAGUGUGCUUGGAAUUGGUAUUGGCUGAUGAAACCUCCUUAAGGUAGAAUUUUAAAGCUUUUCAUGCAUUGGAACUCUACCUGGCUUUGGACCAACCCCAGAACCAAGCAGAGCCCCUUCUGCGUACGCACGGCUGCCCUGCUGUGGUAAACUUGGAGAGCUUACAUGAGGGAACUCACUUUUAAAGGAGAAACUGUCAUUUUAAAAAGACAUUAAUUGUAUGGAAUAAUUUACUCUGCUAUAAACCACCAUUAAAAAUCACAAUGCUUUAAUUUCAUACUCAAUAUUUUUUGGAGUAAAAAUUAUCACAAAAGUAAUACAUGACUCCAACAAAAAGUACAUUUUAUUGUGUUAUAAAGAGUACCGUACUGAUUGGCCAAAGUUUUGUAACUUAGUAAAGGUAUUACCUUCCUUGGAUUUGUACUUUAUGAUUUAGUAUGCUGUAUCGUGGGCUGGUUAUGUUAACUGAAAAAAUAAAGUCAUUACCAGAAUUUUGCAGCGCUCUAAACUUAAACAGAAGAACAGCUGUUCACAUCUUUUAGCAUUUCACAUUUGCCUAACUUAUAAAUUGCCAUGUGUCAAAAUCAUGGUUCUGUAAUUGCUAAAGCAUGAUAUGUCAGGUUAUUUGAAUAUAAUUACUUUGUGAAGUAAUUAUGACCACAAAACAUCUUUGUUACAUGAAGAGCUGUACAUCAUUUGAAAUUACUCAAAUGAUGUCUUGAUCUGAAGCAUAUAUCCCAGGGACUUAAUGUUUUUAAUAACACUGUGUCACUGCGGGGGAUGGGGGCGGUGAAGAAGAAAAAAAGAAUAAGAGGGUGAAAAAAAAAAGCACUGGCCUAAAGCACCCUGUGAACUGCUUUGCAACUUUUUUUUAUAGGAAAUCCUUGCCUUGGAUGAACAGUCCAGUAUGUGUAUGUUGUAGCAGGCAAUUAAUUAUCAACCACUAAAUAAGAAUAUCUUUGAUCCUUGGAACUGUCGCAUACAGUGUAUCAUUAUUAAAAGGUGAUGAGCUCUUGCUUUUAUUUCACAGUACUUAAUGCUAUAAACUUCUAGUCAGGUUUCCUACAAAAGAAACCAGUUAAUAUAGGUACAUAAACCACAAAAAUCAUAUACCAAUUUAAAAAUUAGUGUUUUUCUACUUAAAAUACUAUUUAGCUUGAGGGUUCAUUGGACAUUUGUAAAAGCACAUUAAAGCCAGUAAGGUUUUUUUUAUUAUUUUUAUAACAUUUUUUACAAUUAAAAUAACAUUUCAACUAAACAAAACAUUGUUAAAUGUUGAUAUUUAAUAAAUUGCCUUGUAUAAUUUCUGAAAAUUAUACUUGUUCUGGAAAGUGUCAGAAUAGCCUAAUGAUAAAAAGAUUUCUAAACAAAAUGUUAACCUGACUUUUUUAUUCUAAUAAUAAUUCUAUAAAUUUUCACUCUCCAGUGUAGUUACUUUUAGUAAAGUAGCUGGUAGUUAAUGGCUUUUACCUAUUAAAGUAAGCAUUUGAGAGGACUGGAAUACUGGUGUUCAUGGGUUAGAAUUAAGACUCUGAGACUCUGUAGCAUAUUUUUUAAUAUUAAAGGUGGACCUUAUAUGAAUUAAGAAAAACCUACCUGUUAAUAAAAACUUCCUUUUAACUAUGA